AUGGAAGGUCAUAAAUACAACUAUCCAAGAGAAUUUUAUGAUCAAUAUGCUCAAAGCCAAGAAAAAUCUGUGGUCAAUAAAAUGCAGCAGAAAUAUUGGAAAACAAAACAAACCCUUAUAAAAGUUACAGGAAAAAAGGAAGAUGAACAUGUUGUGGCUUCAGAUGCAGAUCUGGAUGCAAAACUAGAGCUGUUCCAUUCUAUUCAGAGAACAUGUAUGGAGUUGCUGAAAGCAAUUGAGCUGUAUCAAAAAAGGAUUUGUUUUCUGUCUCAGGAAGAAAAUGAAUUGGGAAAAUUUCUUCGAUCACAGGGUUCUCAGGAUAAAACAAGAGCAGGAAAAAUGAUGCAAGCUACAGGAAAGGCCCUCUGCUUUUCUUCUCAGCAAAGAUUAGCACUCCGUACUCCUCUUAGUAGAUUGUAUCAAGAAGUGGAGACUUUCAGAUACAGGGCCAUCUCAGACACGUGGCUGACAGUGAACAGAAUGGAGCAGUAUCGGACUGAAUACAGAGGCGCUCUACUCUGGAUGAAAGAUGUGUCUCAGGAGCUGGAUCCAGAUCUUUAUAAGCAGAUGGAAAAGUUCAGGAAGGUUCAAGCACAAGUGCGACAUGCAAAACUCAACUUUGACAAACUGAAGACUGAUGUCUGUCAAAAAGUGGAUCUUCUGGGAGCAAGCAGAUGCAACCUCCUUUCUCAUGUGUUAACAACAUAUCAGACCACGCUGCUUCAUUUUUGGGAAAAAACUUCACACACGAUGGCAGCCAUCCAUGAAAGUUUCAAAGGUUAUCAGCCAUAUGAAUUCACUAUGUUAAAGAGCUUGCAAGAUCCUGUGAAUAAACUAACAGAAAGAGCAGAAAAGGAAGACCAGCAGAUUGAGAGCACCAGUUCAGUGGAAGAUCAGCAGAGUCAGUUGAUUUCAUUAGAUGAGGAGAGCCAUACCAAGGAAUCGAACUAUUCAGGUGCUAUAGAUGAGUUAUUAGACCUGCAACCUGAAGAAAAUGCUUCAAAGGAAAAGUUUGUGAGAUCCUUGGAGCCAGAACCUGGUGAUAAGGAUGACAUGGUGUUACUAAAUGAGAUCCUCAACGCCUCCUCCCUAGAUGAGGGGGAAUUCAGCAAAGAGUGGACAGCUGUUUUUGGACAGGCUGCUGAUCUCACCAUGAACUCUUCAGCUAGAGAUGGGGAGAACACUUCAUCGUCUGCAGUACCAGCACCAUCAGGCUACUUGCCCUCACAGCUGCUAGACCAAAACAUGAAUGACUUGCAGUCAUCCUUACAUGAAUCUACAAAGAAUCCUAAAGACUUGACUGCUUGGUUCAGUCUCUUUGCUGACCUUGACCCACUAUCCAAUCCUGAUGCUGUUGGGAAAACUGAUAAAGAACAUGAAUUACUUAAUGCAUGA